AUGGAAGAGGAUGUGUUGUAUUACUAUGAUGUUCGAGGGAAAUGUCUGAGAGCGUAUGAUCCAAAGCAGAGAUCUUGGGGAGUUGUGAAAGCUGUGGUUACUUAUACUGAAGAAUUGGCAUACAAACAAGCCAAAGAAGCUGAUGAUUUGCUCUCUCAAGGAACUUAUGUUGGUAUUGAAGCAUGGGUUUACAAAGCUUGCAUGUUUGUUUAG